AGUAGUUUGGAGGAGGAAGAGGAGGAAGAGGAGAAUCAGCAGCAAGAGAAUCCCAUCUAUGGAAACAUCACUACAGACUUGUGCUAUGAACCAAUGACCAUGCAACGCUCCAGAGGCGACAAUAGAAAGCCUGUGCCUCAGCCCCACCAACCCGACCUGAACUAUGCUUCUCUGGACCUGAACGUGGGACAGACAAUCAAGAAGAAGAAGAAGCGUCGCUACCAGCAGAACCAGCCCCAGACCCAGACCCAGAUGGGGGGUGGUUUCCUGGAAGUAGAAGUGGAGGUGGAGGCCUCCCUCCCCUCACGGAGUAGCAGCCCUCUGGCUUCCAGAAACAGCAUCUACCUCAACAGUCUACAGAUGGCGCUAGAGACAGAGGAGAGGGAAUAGGAGAGAGCCAGGGAGAGAGGGAGGGAGAGAGGAAGGAGGAUAGAGAGUGGGAGAGAGAUACAGUAGGUCAUGAUGGAGGGAUGAAGAUGAUGAUGAGGAUGAGCUGGACCUGUAACAUGUGACUGGGGUAAGAGGUAAGGGAGGAAGACCAGCGGUCACAUAUGUUAACCCAAGCUCAAUUAGGCAGUUCGACAGAGAGUUGUUCGACAGAGAGAGAGAGAGAGAAAGAGAAUGAGAGA